AUGGACCAUAUCCCCCGUCUAUCAGAGGUCCUGUAUGUUGGUCUGUGUCGUGAGAUAGGGACACCGACGGAAGUGGCCAUCAGAAGGGACGUAAUGGACAUGAAGGAGAUGAUACGUAGACCUGUUGAUAAUCAUAAGGGCUAUGCUGCGAUGAAUAGUGGUAGUUAUAGAGAGGGAUUUAGGCUGACAUCAUCUGACAUUGAUACAAUGACCUGGUUAUGUCAGUUUAAGCUUAUAACUGACAUAUCUCAGUUCAGGAUCUAUAAUACAUCAAAACAUUUUAUCUUACUGAUGGAAGAUUUCGACACACCACCAGGGUUUGUAAGACUACGCCUUCUGACACCACAAAACAAGUUCAUAAUAUCUAUGUGUCUUGCAGAAUUUAAUGGCGGGGUUUAUAUGUCAGGUUCUCUUUGGAGAGAAUUUUAUUUUCAGUUCCACGCAAAUGACAGAUACUUCCAGCAGAAAAAUAUCCGUAACCAUGGUCCAUGUGUUACUGGUGUUGAUGGAACUCUUGAAUUUGAUCAAGCUGCUUGUUUUGCCAGUAUAUAUUGGCCUAAACAGACGAGAGAUUGGUUUGAUAGAUGUCAGAGACACACCUGGCCUCCUGUACUUGUGUUGGAAAAAAUAUUAAGAAAUGGUUUUCACUGUGUGCCUAUUGGAAGUAAAAUUGUUUCGACUUCUAACGAACUGGAAUGGAGAUUAUCAUUUUCCCAAGCCGAGCAACAACUAGUGUGUAUCAUGAAUCAUACACAAUUUUUAUGUUAUGGACUUUUGAAAAUAUUUCUGAAGGACGUCAUCAAUUUUAGGGUGGAACCACGACUGUGUUCAUAUUUCAUGAAGACCACAAUGUUCUGGAUGAUACAACUAGGGCAUUUGAUAUGGCUUCCAAACAGAUUACUAGAUUGUUUCUGGAAGUGUUUUAAAUAUCUUAUUUAUUGUGUUUAUGAAGGAGAUUUUCCUAAUUUCUUUAUUCCACAAAACAACAUGUUCAUAAACAAAAUGGUUGCAGAUACACGUGCCUCUCUUUUACAACAGCUUUAUCAGUAUUACAGAAUGGGUGUGACCUGUUUACUGCUGAGUCCGACUCUAAAAUCAAUACUUGAACCAGCCCUCAGUAGCCCAUCAUUUGUGUUAUCCACUGCCGAGGGAGAAUUUAUAACAUUAUAUUACUAUAGAACAGCGAAGUAUGAAAAAGCACUACACAUUAUCUAUCUUAGUAAACAAAGACUGUCAGAGGACAAUAUUAUAUACUUUAAUACUGUCGACAGGCACAGACUAGGUAAUAGAUCUCAGUGUUUGCAGUCACUGACAGACCUACAGACACUGCUGCUGUGUGAUGAUAAUGUGUAUGCUCUUUUAGAAACCAGAGACAUAGCAUGGCAGAUACUAGGAAUCUGUCAACACAUUGUAGGAGACUUAUACGGAGCUCUACAAUCUUACGAAGUGUCACUUAGACAGUAUCAAUAUAACAAAAUACAAGAAGCUACAUUGAUAAGAAUUGAGUGUGUAAAAGAACAACAACAUAGAAUUAUGCAAGCGUAG